AUGUUCGACGGAGAACGCACUGCAUGUCUUUCCGAAGAGGAAUCCAAACAAAAUGAAUGCCUUUGCAUACAAGCUGGUCAGCAAGGGACAUCGGAGAACCCACACCGUAAAGGAGGAUGGAGAUUCUAUGGACUCCGAAGAAACCGGAAGGAAAGGCACGAUGCUCCGAAGGAGCAGGAAUGUUUCACCCCCGCCCCCAGCAUGUUCGACGGGUGGAAAACAGAACCAGACCAGACGGAACAUGCAAAGACUUACUCAGUGCGACCUUCGAAGAGAAGCGUAUUGCUCAAUUUCUAA